AUGAGCUCUGGGCUGGCGGCCCCAUCCCUUCCACCCACCCCAGAGGACCCCCCUCCUCCGGCCCGCGGCACCCGCCUCCCGCGGCCCUUCCUCCGCAGCCUCCGGACGCUCUUCGAGAUCCUGGAUGACCAGCGGAGCGGGACCGUCCACGUCUCGGAAAUCGAGAGCCGCUGGGGCCGCGGGGGCUGCGGGGUGAGCCCCCCGGGGGACAACGAGAGGUGCCAGCUCCCUCGCGGUGUGCUCCAGGCCUUGCAGCAAGUGGCAGAGCCUUGCGGAGGGUAUUUAAGUUUCCCCCGCCUGGUGGCCGGGCUGAGAAUCGCCCUCCUCCAGGCCGAAGAAGAAGAGGAGAAGGUCGAGAAAGCUGGAGAGUCAGGCGCUGGAGUCGGCGGGCAGGCCGGGGAUGGGCAGAACUCAACUUCGCAGUCGAUGAAGAACUUGAGUCGGAUACGAGAAUCCGAUGGGAAAGGAGUCACACGGUCCCGUAGCAUCAACAGUUCCCUCUGUCAAGCUGGGAGACGCCGGAGUAUCCGACUUCCGAAGGAACCGCGGAGACACACCAUUUCCAAUGCCUUGGAAUAUGAUAUGCUGAAGCGAAUGCAGGAGCUGGAACGGGAACGGGAUGCCUUGCUGCAAGGGUUGGAGAUGGUUGAGCGUGUGCGCGACUGGUUUCAGCGCCACCUCCUGGAGGCCCAGAGGCGUCAGAAGCACAUGGGAACGGAGGCAAGCUAUUUCCCAGACCCUUACUCCAACCAGAGCUGCCUGCUGUUGGCCAAGAUCCAGGAAGUGAACCUGUGCUUGAAAAACCUGCUGGCCUCCCCUGGAAAGCCUGAAGUCCCACCUCCUGGUUUUGGGGGGCCCCUUUAUCCACCGGGAAAGAAGGAGUUUCAGCAGCAAGCUGUCACAGUCCUCAAGGAACAGAACCACCUGCUGAUCAAGGAAGUGUCCGAGAAGAGCGACCGCAUUGCCCAGCUGGAGCAAGAGAAAGCAGCUCUUUGCAAGCAGCUGAAAGACACCCGCGGCUACAGACUGCCCAGCCACAAAGAGUCCACCUUCAUCUGACAGCCAAGGCCACACUCUUGUCG